AUGAUUACCACCACAUAUGCCAAUCACGACAAGAAAGCCAUUCACGUCCGCAAUACAUGGGCUCAACGGUGUGAUCAGUACCUCUUCAUCAGCUCAAGAGAUAACUCAACACUUCCAGCCAUUAAAUUAUGUGAUACUGACGAUCGGCCACACCUUUGGUGUAAAACUAAACAUGGUAUGCGUUACUUAUUUGAUAAUUACCUGGAUCAUUUCGAUUGGUUCCUUAAAGCCGAUGAUGACAGUUAUGUGAUUGUAGACAACUUAAGACACUUUUUAGCCCAACACUCGCCACAAAAGCCCCUUUAUUUUGGCUGUAAAUUGCGAUUCAAAGACGUGGUGUAUAUGAGUGGUGGGGCCGGCUAUGUGUUGAGCCAAACAGCACUCAAACACUUUAUAAAGGCUUUGGACAAUAAUACGGACACCAAGUCCUGUAGGGCUCAUAUAGAUACUGGUGUUGAGGACUUGGAGAUGGGAAGGUGUCUACAGAAUAAUGGUGUCGACGCAGGGGAUGCCAGAGAUGACUGGGCAAAGGCCCGAUUCUUGCCCUUUGACCCCUUGCAUAUGGUUAUGCCUAAUAUGGACAUCAAUGUGAUAGCCCCGUGGUUUCACUCAUACAGUGUGUAUCCGCAUAAAUCUGGGCCCGAGUGCUGCAGUCGUUCCCUAAUAUCCUUCCAUUACGUGCCAAAAGAUAUGAUGUAUUUAAUGGACUUUUUACUGUACAAAGUCGAUGUCCUUAAGUGA